AUCCCAGGCUGUGACUUUGGCUGCGGUCUUUGUGCACGAUGAACCGAUACACAACCAUGAGACAGCUGGGAGACGGCACCUAUGGGAGUGUGCUCAUGGGCAAGAGUAACGAAUCCGGGGAGCUGGUGGCCAUCAAAAGGAUGAAGAGAAAGUUCUAUUCUUGGGACGAAUGUAUGAACCUGAGAGAAGUGAAGUCCCUGAAGAAACUGAAUCAUGCCAAUGUGAUUAAAUUGAAAGAAGUUAUCAGAGAAAACGACCAUCUUUAUUUUAUAUUUGAGUAUAUGAAAGAAAACCUCUAUCAAUUGAUGAAAGACAGAAACAAAUUGUUCCCUGAAUCGGUCAUCAGGAAUAUCAUGUACCAGAUUCUGCAGGGGCUGGCUUUCAUCCACAAGCACGGCUUUUUUCACAGGGACAUGAAACCUGAAAACUUACUCUGUAUGGGUCCAGAACUUGUGAAAAUUGCGGACUUUGGACUUGCUAGAGAGUUGAGGUCCCAGCCACCGUACACUGACUAUGUGUCUACCAGAUGGUACCGGGCUCCCGAGGUUCUGCUACGGUCUUCGGUUUACAGCUCCCCCAUCGACGUGUGGGCUGUGGGGAGCAUCAUGGCUGAACUCUACACGCUGAGACCGCUUUUCCCAGGGACCAGUGAGGUUGACGAAAUCUUUAAGAUUUGCCAAGUUUUAGGGACUCCCAAAAAAAGUGACUGGCCGGAAGGAUACCAGCUUGCUUCCUCUAUGAAUUUCCGUUUCCCCCAGUGUGUUCCCAUCAACUUGAAGACGCUUAUUCCCAAUGCCAGUAACGAAGCUAUUCAGCUCAUGACCGAAAUGUUGAGCUGGGACCCAAAGAAGCGGCCAACAGCAAGCCAGGCAUUGAAACACCCAUAUUUUCAAGUUGGUCAGGUGUUAGGCCCCUCCACACACCACCUGGAAGCCAAGCAGCCCUUCAGUAAGCAGCUGCAACCGCUGGAACCGAAGUCGUCUGUGACUGACACAGAAUCCAAGCCUCUGGCAGAGCUCGCGGAUCAGACCCUGGGGCAGCCACAAGCCCGCCAGCAGCCACCCCCGAAGCAGCCGGGCCAGCAGAAGCCCCCAGCCACGCUGUUCCCAAGUAUCGUGAAAAACGCGCCCCUGAAGCCAAAUGGCGCCCUGGGUCAUAAAAGUGCCAGGAGACGCUGGGGUCAGACUGUGCUCAAGUCAGGAGACAGUUGGGAAGAGCCCGAGGACCAUGACCUCGGAGCCUCGCAUCCCAAGAAGCCAAGCAUGGGUGUUGUCAAAGAAAAGCAGAAAAAGGAUUCUCCAAUUCGACUCCUGGAGGCCUUGCCCUUGGGCCCCCACCCCUCAGCACAGGAGAACAAGAGCCUAAGAUUGGAUGCUGAGCUAUCGACCGCGUCAACAGCUAAACAGUACUAUUUGAAACAGUCAAGAUACCUUCCAGGUGUAAAUCCCAAGAACGUGUCCUUCGUCGCCAAUGGGAAGGAUAUAAAUUCGUACCCUUGGAGUAAUCAGUUGUUUCCGAAGUCUUUGGAACCUAUUGGUGCAGAAUUUGCUUUCAAAAGGAAUAACGCAGGAAACCUUGGAAGUUACGCUACUUACAACCAGUCAGGAUAUAUUCCUUCGUUUCUCAAAAAAGAAGUGGGGUCAGCUGGCCAGAGGAUCCACCUAGCGCCUCUCGGGGGCACAACCACAGAAUAUGCCUGGAACACAAAAGCUGGUCGGGGGCAGUUUUCAGGAACUACUUACAAACCUACAGCAAAAAAUUUAAAUAUCGUGAACCGCGUGCAGCCCGUCUCCUCAGUGCACGGGAGGACAGACUGGGUGGCCAAGUACGGGGGCCAUCGGUAG